CGUGUCAAAGGCAUGAGGAAUAUAUUUAUGAGGGGUCAGCGCUAGCUAGCUGCAGCAAGUCUUGCAUUGCUUUGCUUCCAAUGCUAAACAACCUAACUUUGUUGCUUCAGGUUGCGUGCUCCAUGCUCUAAUUCCACUUUGCUAAUGUUAGGCAAAAGGGAAUCUCACUGGUUUGUUUUAUCAAUCAGUGCCACUUCUGAAAAUGACCACCCCCUUCUCCUUAAAAAGAGGAAAGAAAGAUAACCCACCAAGCGUGUGAAUAAUAGUAUAAAAUAAAAAGCAAAGCAAAGUUAGUCAACAAUUCCAUGCCAUCACAUACAUAGUUCCCUCUCUACCUUUUUGCUUUGCCUUUGAAUGUGUUGUUGUUCUCUUUUCUCUUGGUGGGGUGUCUGUUGUGCUGCGAUGAUAUUUGUCUUGGAUUUGGUCUCUUAGUACGUGGCAUAGUUAUCAUAGAUUCUUGUGGCAGGUGCUUCUUUCAGAUAUCAAAAGCUUCAAGCACUUGUUUUGUUUCAAUCCAGAACCUGAAGCUUGUUUAUAAAAAAAAAAGGGAGGAGCACAACUGCAAUUUGCAAGCAAGAUGUGGCAAAGAAGCCACAAGUCAUCAGAGGAGAGGAAGCUGGAGCUUAGGCUUGGUCCACCUGGUGAAGAGUCUCUCAAUGAAAGCAUCAGAAAAUGCAACAGAGAAAGACGUAGAAAUGAAUCACCACUCACUCUUGGUUGCUUCUCAACUCAGAAAAUUUUUACUUCUGACACGCCAGGUCCAGGUGGAGCUAUGUUGCCCUCUGCAUGGCCUUCCACAUCCUAUCAUCACCAAGACCAGGCUAAAGCUAAAGCUUCAUCAUUUCUACAGCUCCAAUCAAGUCCGCAAAACAUGAUACUGAUGGGAAAGGAUGUGUCACAAUUCUCUUGUGUAGAGAAGAAGUCAUUCUCACCCUCUUGUGCAAAUCCAGCGGUGUCCAAAAGAACUGCUUCAGGUCCAGUAGUGGGUUGGCCUCCAAUUCGUUCCUUCAGGAAGAACAUUGCAAGUGGAAGCACUUCUAAUUCUAAGUUGCCUUCUGGGUCCCAGCAGCAACAUCAAAAUGUUGUUCCAGGCAAGGUUGCUAGCCAAAAACCUACAGACAACUCAGGUAAAGGCUUGUUUGUGAAGAUCAAUAUGGAUGGUGUCGCCAUUGGGAGAAAAGUGGACAUCAAUGCUUAUGACAGCUAUGAAAAACUUUCCUCUGCUGUUGAUGAGCUCUUUAGGGGCCUCCUUGCAGAGAUGAAGUUAUCUCAUAUUGCCUCUUCCCAAUGCUGUUCUGGUCAAAGAGAUUCCUGUGCUGGUGGAAUUCAAAACAAGGAACAGGAAGAGAAAUCCAAUACGGGUUUAUUGGUUGGAAGUGGGGAAUAUACUCUUGUUUAUGAGGAUAAUGAAGGAGACAGGAUGCUUGUUGGAGAUGUGCCGUGGCACAUGUUUGUGUCGACAGUGAAGAGGCUGAGGGUGUUGAAGAGUUCUGAUCUUCCUGCUUUUACCCUUGGUAGUAAGCAAGACUAGCUACACCCUUGACUUGGCAAUGAGAAAUGAAGGAUUAAGCAAUUUGAGGUCUUCUUCCAUGCUGAAAAUUGAAGACUGAAGAGUGUUUUUAUUUGACAUUUUGGUUCCUUUCAACAUUGAAGAUUAGACAACAAUGUUCAAUUUAUAAGUAAUGUUUGUAAUGAAUGAAUGUACUAGUAUCUUGGUUUUUUAAGUUUUGGCUUGUUUCUGCACUUUAAAAAAGGGGUAAGGAAAACUUCACGGAUGUGUGCACUCAUGAUUUUGCCACUAAUUUAUCUAGCCAUGCGUUCUGAUACUAUGUUUGGAAAAA